GAAUUGAUAUAAAUUCUCAAGCAGAGCUAGGGACUGCAGAUGGUCCAAGCCGAAAUCUUCUUUUCUCCCUUCACCCCAAUCCGGCCCCACUCCCUGAAACUAGGAAUAGGGAGGGCAUUUCGAGGAAGCGAAACUGAAAGUUCGAAGGCAACCUCGGCAGAGAGGUGGGGGCUGGGAACUGACAGCGCCAUUUCCCCUCACUUCUCUCUGCUUGCCAGUUAUCCCUUCCAGAGCCCUGAACAUACGUCGCAGCCCCGGCUCUUCAGCUCAAGAGUCCCGACCCUGCCCCGAUGGCCACUGACCGUGCUGCCCAAGGCCCGACCUAUCCGGUCCUGGUCCGGGUGUCCAAGCUCUGUGCUGGACUGGAGAAGAAGCUGCAAAAGUACUUCCAGAGCCCGCGGAAGUCCGGGGGAGGCGAGUGCAUGGUCAAAGCCGGCCCCACCGAAGGCACUUUCUGGGUAGAGUUUUUGGAAAAAGAAGCCAAGGAAAGAGUGAUAGCAAAGAGAGAUCACACUGUGGAGAUCAGUGAUACAUCAAGUGUGAACGUCUUCCUAGAAACAAAUGAAAAUUCAGAAGAGAAGAACACUUUGGGGAUAAACCAGCUUUCCUCCCAGACUCAGUCACUCCCAAAAGAAUUUCUAGAUGAGAAGGAGCAUCCAGAAGAAAGAGGGGCCUCUAAUUCCUCUAUACAAAAGGUAUUUCUUCGUGUGGAAGCCCACCUGAACUUCAGCCUGGCUAAAGAGCAAAGGGAGAAAAUUAUCAACCUCUGUCCAAACCUCAAUAUAGAGGAAGGCCAUGAUGGAGCUGAUAAAGUGAUUGGUGACUACCAAGAUAUUGAAAAAAUUUAUCAAUUCUUAAGUGAAUGGAUCCUGGGAAAUGACCAGAAAGAAGAUAUCCCCCACUCAGCCUCAGCAAGAGAAAUCAAGGAAACGAUGCCUAAUGACUUGGACAGUCCUUUUCUUCACUCAAACUCAAAAGACAGAACAGAAGAGUCAGAUCUUAUCUCAGUUCCUUCACAUUUGUAUGACUAUUUUAAAUAUUUCUUUGCUGAAACUCUGGAAAGAAUAGAAAAAGAACACAAAGUAGACAUCAAAAAGACUUUUACAUAUCCUACGGGCAAUGUUUGUUUAGAUUUCAGGACAAAUAAGCCUGCAGACAGAAAAGCAGCUAAAGAAGCUUUUACCACUGUGUUUCAGAGGGAAAUACAGAAUGUGACUUCUAAUGAUGUUCAUUUCACAGAUGAUAAGCUGGCACUUGAAAUCCAAACAACACUGACCAACAUGUUUAAAAACCUCUAUAUUAAAGCAGAAGGAAAGGUCUUAACUCUCCGGGGAAACACAAAGGACAUUUUAGAAGCUAAACAGUUAAUUGAAACAAACUUCUCCCACAAACAACCUGUGAAAAUAAUGGUUUCUGAAAACAUGAUGAGAAAUGGAAUUGAAGUAGAUACUACUCACCUGCGUCUUCUACUCCAAGAAAUCACAGAAAUAGAGAAAAAAUAUGACACUACAAUGGAGUUGGUGAACAAACCCCUAACUGGGAAAACCCUCAUUGUAUUUAAACCAAAAGACAAAGGUCUAGAUCUCUCUGCACAUGCUUAUGAAUAUUUCAUUGAUGUCUUUCAGAUGAUCUCACCUCAGAUUGUCAAAGAGGUUGUUAUCCUAAAGCCAUUAAAUGAAGAGAGAAAGGGUUGGUCUGAAAAGACAAUCUUUGAAGACUUUGAAACAAAACACCCCCAUGUAAACUUGGAGUGGAAUGAACAAAAACCGAUAUUGACUGGUUUGCCCAAGUACCUUUCAGAAGCAUUGAAAUAUUUUAAGAGAUAUUUUUAUAUUGAAAGUCCUGUUCAGCAAAGACCAGCUCUCUCCCUUGAAGGGAAUUUGAAUGAAGGCCUCAAAUCCCCUUUGGACAAAAAUUAUGAUGAUUUCAAGAUGGCUUUACCUCCUUCCAAGGGAUUGCCUACUUAUGGGGACUUAGAAAAAGAGAAGGAGGAAGAGAAGGAGAAGUGUGCCAUUUGUAUGGAAAUCAUUCAACACAAAGAAAUCCUCCCAAAGUGCAAGCAUGAGUUCUGUGGCCCUUGUAUCAAAGAGGCCAUGAAACAUAAGCCACUGUGCCCUUUAUGCCAGACUUCCUAUGGUAUUGUGAAAGGGAAUCAGCCAGAUGGAACAAUGUCAGUCAUUCGUCGCUUUUAUUCACUUCCAGGUUAUAGUUUAUGUGACACUAUUGAGAUUCGUUAUGACAUGAUUGGAGGCAUACAAACGGAAGAUCAUCCCAACCCAGGAAAAUACUAUGGAGGAACAAGCCGACUGGCAUACUUGCCAAAUAAUGAAGAAGGACAGCACAUUUUGAAUCUCCUCAAAAGAGCUUUUGAACAAAAGCUGAUUUUCACAGUAGGACAGUCUCGGACAUUAGGAACCAAUGAUGUGAUCACUUGGAAUGAUAUACAUCAUAAAACUCAAAUACACGGUGGGCCAGAAAACUUUGGCUACCCGGAUCCCAACUAUCUGAAACGAGUUAAACUGGAACUGAAGGCAAAAGGAAUUGAGUAAGAGCGCUGACUUCAAGGAUGCCUUGAGAGCUGGGCUUGCAAAAGCUGUAGCUGUGGAAAGGAACCAAAACAAUCAUGAAUAUAUGUUUAUAUAGGCACCAUUUAGAGAAAAAUAAAAGAAUUUGAGAAGAUAUUA